UAGAAAAGAACUUUAUAGUUCGAAUCGCGAAUUAAGAUGUCAGGUUGCUCUGUAUUCUUAGCAGGUUAGCAUCGAUAGAAGCUUUUCACAAAGAGAACUUCUUUUUAUAUAUGCUCUUCUCUCCACUUGGUUUUGAGAGAAAGAGAGGUUAUUGCGUUAUAUUUAUGUUUGUUGGUUCUACAAUAUCCAAACUUUGUCGGAUUUGUUGGUGAUUGUUGGUCACCAACUGGGGCUGCUCAGUGUCCGAUCUCUUUCACGGAUGAUAGUAAGCUCUUUAACAUAAAUCCGAAAGACCCAGUUGAAGAAAGCAACAAGCAAUGAGAACUGAUUUCUCCUCAGCGCGGUUUCAUUUUGAAGCUCAGUCGCAAAUCCUUUUUCUGAUGGUCUCAUGUCGAAGCAUUAUCCUUAGACAAAAAAUCAAAAGUAGGUCCCCUGGUGCUGGGAUCUGAGAGAUCUUAGCGUACUCUCGCUAAAUACAUAGCCGGUGGGUGUGUAAUCUGGAAUUAACAGUGCUCUGUUAUGCUGGAGAUUGAGCUCUUCGAAGGGAAGUGCUUUUUUCUUGGCAAGGUGGUACAAAUCGUCAGAUCUUUAAUUUGUAACAGUUACUUUUGUUCUUGUCUUUCGACAUUUGUUUAUGUCUCUAAGAUUUACAACCUACUUAGGAAUCUAUCAGUAUUACUUUGUCGUUUCAAAUCUAAAUACUUAAACUUUACUUUAAACAAAAUUGUUACUAGGCUUUUUAGAAACUUAAAGGACACUAUUUUAAAAAAUCGUUUGAAAAAUUAUAUUCUUAUUACGUAGCUAAUAGAGAGGACCCUGGGGUAGAUAAGUUGUUAGGCUAACCAGGUUUAUCCUCUGUAAAUAAAGUUUAUCUAUCUAUCUAUCAAAGUCAGGAAAAAUUUUAUUUUUCACUGUCCUAUGAGCGAGCCAAAACUUCCCUGUCCUAUGCCCUUUGAAAUGUUACCCAAAAAGACGAAAGUCGAAUUUCUUCUUGAUGUGGUUUGUUUGUUUUGAAUGACUUUCGCUUUCGCCUUCGCCUUCGACAACGUGUCAUCCACCAUGUGAUUCUUGAAUCUUUAUUCAUUUCCAAACACGUUUAUCGUACCUCUCUUCACUUCACCCACUACUACCCACAACUUUUGUACGAAGCAUCAAUUCCUUGCUUUUAAGUUACACCUCCACACCUUAUUUCUCUGCCACCACUAUUAUAUUUCUUUUUGGUUUACUUUUCCUCAGUAUCUUUAUAUUGUGAUUUCACUCACUUCCAGAAGAUAUAACUAGAAUCAUAGACAACGACUUGAAUUAUGUAAAUUAUGCAAAAUUAUGUAAACUCGUAAAUAUUGCAAAAAGGUGACACAUUUUGUUCAUGUACAACGUUCUUGACGGUCCUGCUUUUCUGAUAACCCUCCUGUGUUUUGAUAGCUUGUCAUUUUAUCUGACUGAAUUAUUGCAAUUAGACUAAAUCAAUUUUUCCUUCCAAAGUUAACUUCAAGUUUGUUUAAGACUGGCGAUAGCCUUCUACCAUGUACUCUAAUAUAGCUCCAUACUCUCGCUCAAUAUGCAAAUUCGUACAGAAUACAUCUUCUUUUCGUCUCUGGUGGGUGCAGAUGCACUGACAAAUUGUCAUUACUACAAUUUUUUCGUGAUGUUAAGAAUCCUCUGACUCCAUCUCGUGUACAAGUAUUUGCCCUGCCUUUGAAAGAACACUUGUUAUUUCGUUUUGGUUUGUUAUGAUUAGGUUUGUUAGCGUUAUUGUGUCUUUGUCAAUGCAGAUAAUGCCAAGGAGCGUGCUUCGAAAGUGAUAAAAACGGUCGUGUUGAUAUACAGUUGAGAUAAACAUUGAUUUUUUGUUUUUCAUCAGCCAAAUUUAUUGACAUCGCUUUAAAAAGCAUUGUUAGCGUAGCAUUUCAAAUUUGCCAAUGUGUUUGCUUAUUUUGCUCAUGGAAACAACUAUCGAUGUGUUUAUUGUCAGAUGCAGUUACAUAAUUCAUUGGGGCUUAUUUUAUUGACUGAAAUUAAUGUACACAUUGCUCAUUUUUUAUCAGAAUAUGAUUUACAUUUAUCAGUCAUAUAGAAAUAGUCAAAAAUUGCUAAGAUUUUUAUAAAAUUUAUGCAAAUAAACAUAGAAAUCUUAACAGAAAUGGUUAGUUUCAUCAUAGAAGCCAUGUUACGUUGCUGCCUAAAUUAUGAUAUUCUGUAUCUCUUGGACUCAAAUAAACAAAUAUCACGUGUUGAGAUCUCCCAAAAGAGUUAUAACGUCUACGAGGCUUAAUUUGAUGCAUACAGCGCGUGGGUUCAUCUGCUCAUCUUCAAUCAUGAUUGAGAACUUACUUCUGGUCAACGUCAUUAAGUAAGCCAGAAUUCCUUAAUGCAAAAAAGAGGAUUACUCGUUAACGUUUUGCUGACGUAGUAUUGUAAUGAAGAGACGGCGAAAAGAGUUUAUUCCUUUGCCACUGCAUCGGUAACAGGCCUUCUGCAGCUGAGCUUCCUUUAAGACAAUAUUCCAUCCCUUAAUCGUUUGUUUACAGCAGAGUCUUUUUGUUUGUUUGUUUUAAUUCGUCAGCAUGGCAGUCUGUCGAUUAGAUAAACAUAGCCAGUAAUCUCAUAAGAGUAACGUAAGCUGCUUAAAUAUUCUUCAAAACUUUCUAAGUGGCUUAAAAUAGCUCCAACAACGCCUAAAUGCAUUUCCAAAUACUACAGUUGGUUUUAGAUAGCUUAACACUGGGAUAUCGUAAUGGAGCCCAUGAUGCAGGGGUCGUGUCAUCAAAGUUGAAUUAUGCAAAUUCAAAUGUCAGUUAUCUGUUAUAACUUCGUGCCAUGAGAAGCAUGGAAAGAUGUGCAAAAUUAUUCCUCCUGCACGGUGGAAAUGCAAGAAGAAUGUAAAAUAGAAGUAUUGUUAUGUAGGCAAUAGGCAGUUCUGCCAUGUAUUGGUUCACAGAAAACAGAUGAUACAUAUAAGUUGUCAGAUGUCUCGUUUCUGAACCGACAAGUGAAGAAUCAGAUUUCUGCAAAGUGAAAUUUCAUUAAACGGAAUAAUAAUUUGGCAUAAAACACAGGCUAAUAAGUCUCGGUUUAGAUUCGUCUACUUUGAGGUUUGCUUGUAUACUCAUUUCCAGUUUAGGCCAUGUUUAUCACUAGAUCAAGGGAUUGUCUAUAGAAACUUGAUGAUUAGACAUCGAAUUGUUCCUUAUCUUAUUAUUUGAGAACAAAGAGCAAUACAAUAUUCAUCUACUCUAAAAUCUGCUAAUUCAUACAUCCGAAAGUUCUAAUAUGACCUGAUCGAGCUACGAUUCUAGCCAAGGACUAGCCAAGAUGCCUAACGGACUUGGAACUCUUCUCUCUUCUGGUACGCACUAUGGUUUUUUCAGGUACAUGGAACUGAAACAGUAUCUUACAGGUGUAGUCAAAUUUGGAACAGCAUACUAACUGAAAUGAGAAAUGCAACCAGUCUAGAAAUCUUCAAAAGGCAAAUAAAACAAAUUGCGAUUCCAUGCACCUGCAAAUUAUGCACCCAGCAUGUACCAAAUCUAGGAUACAUCACAUAGAUAUAUAGAUUAUAUAGCUCAUCUUAGUCUACGACCUCAUGUUUAUUUUAUAUUUCUUCAUUUAGUUGGUAUUAAAUAGCUUAUUGUAAUGUUUAUAAUUAAGCUUUUUAUCCAACUUUAAAUUAAGUAUAAAAAAGUACCGUUCUGCCUGGCUGCAUAGAAUGCAUGGUAUGUCUUUGGAAAGGGGCACACUAACAUUACUUAAACACGCCUCAUUAAUCAUCACAUUAUUCACAUCACAAUAACUAGCGCCACGAUUUAUCUAUAAGGAGGAAACUCGUCGAUCCUUCAACACAUCUUUGAUAUAAGAUGAUUUAUACUAUGAUCAGGUGUGAAUGUCAUUUGUAAUUAUUAAAUAUUUCUGCAGCAGAUGGCUAUGUGCAGGUGGACUUGAGUACAAACGCGUUACGAAUCUACUUUUUGAUGAACAGGCAUUUUUUCUGGCAAAGCGUAAAUAGUUGCAAAAAGAUUAAGACCUAAUUACACAUUUUAAUAAUACAGUCGAAUAGUGUUUUUGUUUCUAACUUUAAUUACGUUCCAGCAUCUCGCGAGUACGUAAAUGUUUUCAUUGAAAAGACAGGUCAGGUGCAAUCAAGGUCAGGUUUGGUUGCAGCGGCCUUUAUCGUCUUGUUUGUACGUGCAGGUCGGUAGUUUGAGGGUACCAGGCUUUUGUUAAACCAGAACGUAAGCACGGAUAUUUAGGCUGCUCAUUUGGGGUUACCAGAAGUCUAAACAGAACAUGCACUUGCUAUCUAUUUGACUUUUGUAAUUGAGUUGAAUCAAUCAGGUUUUGAAAAAUUCUGUCUGGUGUUGAUUCGAAUGUCUUGAUUGCAAUACACAACAAAGAAUCUUUACCCCCAUGGUUUGCGAAUCGGUUCUUCAUAUAAAGUCAGUCACAAUUUCAGUUUAGCGUACGAGAUUUUCGCUAAAAAAGUUUUUUAGGAUAAGAUUAUUAUAACAAUAGAAUUUCCACCUGAAGUGUAAGAAAUUUCAAUGGGGUAGUUUGCCGCUCGUUAGUUUCAGUAAGAGCUUUGGUGCUCAAAACUGAGAUCUUGGCAGAAUAACAAAUCUUUGCCAUGUUAUUCUUAGACUAUCUUAGCUGCUUUCUUUCUUAUUUUUGGAUUUUUAUGGGAAUCCUGAAGCCAAUUAUGAUUUCCUUCAAGCACGGCAAAUACUGUCCCCUGUUUGUUCUAUUGAUAAAUUUGCUUUGAUGCAAAUUUCGGCUGUUAAAAGUCCUCCAUGCAAAUUCUGCUGGAGAUUUUUUAUAAACGCAUUCACUUUUUAGGGAGUGACAUGGCCGUUAGUGUACGUUAAAUGCGACUCAACCAUGAAAUGUAAGUUGGCACUCCACAGCUUUUUCUGGAAAAUGAGAGAGAGAGGAAGGGGAAGUGUCACCUUUGUACCCCGGUUCCUACAUCUGUGUUUGGCGCACAACGGGUUGUGCCUAAAAGUAGUGAUCCUUAACUUGUGGGUUAUGUGUACUUAGUUGUCAUACACAUGGAGUUGAUCGAAUUGACAAUCUCUGUCACUUGGGAGGGGUUAAUCUAUUACCCAGAUUUGAAGGGGAUAUUCUCUAAUCGCGGAAUAGAAGAAGUCACUGUUACAUGCUACAGUAAACUGAAUGAUCAAUAAAUCUUCUACCAUUCAGUCUUGUUAGGAAGCAUACAGCGAGGUGAUUUCACAGCAUUGGCAUAGAUAAGUCGGCGAAUUCAUGAUAUCGAGGCAGUUGAUAGUACCUGUGAUAAUCUGAUUAUAGCGAUCAUAUUUUAACUCUUGCUCCUUUCGCAAAGGAUAUUCUUAGUUUGACCUUAGAAUUCUACUGAUAGCGGUGUAAUUACUUUCUUCUAGUGGUAUACUAUGUCGGCAACUUAUUAAACGCUGCCUUCGGUCAUAUCCGAACAAUUUUUCCACAGCUUUUAGCAGCUCGUCCUAUUCGAUUUAAUGCAUUUGCGAGGGACUUUCAAUUGUUGUCCUUUCACCUAAAAGGAACAAGAGAGAAUUCUCCUCAGGCAAAUGCAGGCAAAGUACAUCGAUCUUUCCUUGACAUUUUUCUACCUGCAAUUAACUUGCUUAAACAACCAUCUGGUAAUAUCUUCAUAUUUUGUGCAGACUUACACUAAAUGUUCUCUCGCCAACUAUUAAGAUUUGGUUAAUUAUUUAGAGAUUUUGAAUUAUAAAACGGCCCGUUUUCCUUGCUAUUUUAGCCGUUUUAUCCAAAAUUCGCAUUAAGUUGAGCUUGUUUGUGAAUGCUAUUGCUAUGUGGUCUGGCGUUUUGAUACAAUUUACUGCAAAACACUUGUAUGUGUAUGCAGGAUCUUUCUGCGCUCCCACAAGACUCCAUGUUUUCUGAUUAGCCAACUGAUCACUGCUGAUGAUAUGGUCUAUCCUCGUGGUCUCUCUUAAUAAAUAAUUGAAAUUGUGUAUUAUUUUUCUUUAUUUAUUUUUAGUAGGCUAAGUGCACUGCUUGUUUUAGUUAGUUGCAAGCGUCAUCAUCUUGAGUUUUCUGAUUCCUUACUGAUUAGGCAUAGCAUCCACUCAUUGUGAUCAACAGCAACAGCAACAAUAUCGAUGUGAGCAUUUUGUGUUGUCAAAUCUUCGGCUAGUUAAGGUUAAAACUGAACAAGCUUCGGCUCCCUAAAACUCCAAAUGAAAUGUUCACCAAUGACACGUGAACUGGGAAGAGUAUAAUCCUGAAGCUUGUUAGUACAAGCGACUGCUUCAAGAAAACUUGCAAAGCAUCGCUUGACAAUAUCACACAAAGGAUCAGCAUCCCCUUUUAUUAUUCAGUGCUUCCAUGUAAACAUGAAUAAAAUUUUCUGGUACUUAGUGCGAGACUGUGAGACGGGAUUUAGAAAACGCCGUAGCAUGAUAGUGUUUUUAUCUUUCGUCUUAUUUCGAAUAGUGACUAAGAAUUUUGGGAUUAUCAGCCAGUGCUCGGAUUUGCAGAAACGUGAUAAUACGAUUUCUGACAAACUUCUCAGACACUGUACAGUAAUUUUAUUGUUUCUUGUUCAGUGUUAAUCUCUCAUUCGAAGUUGGGCCAAGUUGCUUUUCAGCCCACCAUUUACAACUAGAAUGAAAAGACCCGAUUAUUGACCAAGGUUUUGUAUGAUCAAAGAAUUGCCUAUUGUCCCUUUAGUUUUGGGAGCAAGGUCGACGGCUGUAUACUGCCCUUUGGCAACUCUUCCAAUUUGGAUGUUUUCCAGGAGGUUUUCAUUAUAAGAUAAAAUUGAGAUUCGCUGACGUGAUAAACAUUGCCAAGGUCACUAAAAGAGGUUGAUUUUGAACUAACAGUUCACUGCAAGUCACAUUGAAGUAUCAUCUGGCUAAACUCUUCAACUGGCCCAGAUUCCACGCCAAGAAUGAGAUUGUUCAAGUUCGCUUUGCUCCUGACAUUCUUCAUCACAUCUUCUGCUACAAAUCUGCAGUUUCAGUUAUCUGGAGAUAAUGGCCAAUUCUCAAGUCCAAAUUACCCGGCGAAUUAUCCGGUGAACAUGAGUUGCCGGUGGACCAUAAAUACCGCGCCCGGUACUCGAAUUCUGCUAAACUUCACUCACUUUCAAGUGGAAAGAAACAAGAAGUGUCUUUACGAUUACCUGCUCAUCAAAGAAACUAGGAACGGAUGGGGUACGCUGUCAUCCAAAUAUUGUGGAGCCAUGCCAGUACCGGACUAUUUAUCACAGCAAAACUAUCUACACAUUUACUUCGUAUCGGAUAGACUUGGCAAUGUCGAUAAAGGAUUUCUGAUUACCUGGAAGGCAACUGAUAAGGACGGGAAUCCAUUAAACAAAGAUUUGCCAAGCAUAUCACCAACUGCCUCAACCAAGACAUGCACUACCGUGACGGUGACCAAAUCAACUAUGCCAUGCCCCAAAGUGUUGCCUACAAACGUCAUAACAGGCCUUCCGGCGACAAAGUGCAAGUGCGAUAAUCAGAAGACAGUGUUCAAAACUGUAACCAGAUACAAAAUCAAUGGAGGUGUUCGGCCUACACCGUCCUUGAAUGGCGGGAAAACCCUCUCAUCGUCUUCUCGAAAUGCUGUUCCAAGAAAUGGUAGUGGCUGCAGCAAUUCAGCAGAAUACAACAACAAAGCUGCAAGAUCAAGCACAACAAACAGGAAUAUUGUGAUUGCAUUUGGCUGUUUGCUUUUUGUUUUGAUCGUCGCCAACAUCAUCCUGGUUGCUGUGAUAUGUAGACGAGAUAGCACUGGAUACUCACUGUAUAGUAUGAAAACUUGCCUGCCUCGGAAAACAGCGAAAGCAAGAUCCGUAGAGCAUUUCUAUUCCAGUGGGCCAAGGCCGACUCUACGGAUGGUUGAUGGUGAUAUUGUUGUAGUCUCCACAAACGGUAAGGUGAUACGUCAACAAGCCCCUGGUGACCAAACGACACUCGAAACAUCCGACAACUCACAUGUACAAGUUCAGGUUACUCCACAAACCGAAUGCCGUUCAAGAAGUAGCGAAAGAAUGCCUCCGGAGAUUCCAUUUCAUUUGGUACCGCCUCCUGACCACCAGUCUUCCACACUUGGUUCAGGUGACACACAUGGUCUUACUGAUUCAAAUCACGAUUCUAGCUUAUCUGAUCCCGAGAGCGACUAUUACUAAAUUCAAUAUAUAGAUAAGCUAACUGUGGAGUCAAGCUUACCUCGACCUACAUGACAUUGAUGGAAUGAGGUUUCGUUAGUGCCUAACCCUGGCAUUUUGAGUGGCAUUAAGCAAAGCUUGCCAAAAUUUUGAAAGAAGUCAUCAGCUAAUUGCGGAAGUCCAAUGUCAGUUUGCCUGUCUAUGUUGUUACAAGUUCAGAUGGUUGGAUUAUGUGCUUCGCGGUAUAAAUCGAUGUUGAGGAAACGGAUAACCACUAGGAAAAGACAUCCCAAGUGUCACUUUCUAUGUUUUAAAGAAAGGACAUAUAGGGUCAUUAGGCAAAGGGACAAAGGUCAGUGUCCGCAUUGCUUUCAAACAGAAAGGCAACAAGGAUGGACGACAAAGCUUCAAGUAUAAACACUACUGUGAUUGCUCAAUAAAACAAUGUUUAGCUGACGGCCUUAUGGUGACAAUAAACUCUUGUAAUGACAAUCGCUUUCAGGUGAUAUUCAUAGGUCGUUCUUACAUGACCAGCGCUUAGUUAGUGCUCAAAAAAUUCCAUGAAAAUUGACCACAAGAAAUAAAUCAAGAUUUAUCUUCAAAAGAUAAGAUUUAAACUCUCUAUGAAGGAUAUUUGGAUCAAUUUUGGGCAACGUUUUCUUUAUCAACAGAGUAGUAAUGUUGAGAAGGUCCUUCUAAACCUUAAAACAAACACCCCUUCACCAACAUACUUUGUUCUCAACCAUGCAUUCAUAUUCACGUUAUUGUGAUGUAACUUAAGCUGUACAUUAUAAUUGUAGAAAGAUUUGUAAAUUUGACAGUUAUUGCUGCUUUUCUGGUAAUUAGAGUUUUAAGGAGCUGAUUUCGCGACAGAAAAGGCUCUCUUUUUCUCCAAAAGAUUUUGACUAAAGAUACACCAAUCAUCGUCAAUGAAAACAUUUUUCAGCUGAUGUAACAAAGAUUUUGUCUAACUCAUAGUAGCCCUGAAAGUCUGUAUCUUUUUAAAAAAGAUGCUUUUUUAUCAAAACCUCUUUAUUUUUAUCUCUCGAGAGAUUUUUUCCUGUAAAUUAGCUUCAGAAAUCAGUUUUGCGAACCCAGAAAAAAACAUUCUUUUCAUUGUAAUGCUAUUUAUCCUGAUAAACUAGUCUUCAAAAUACUUAAGUUACUUGGCCAAAUCAUUUCAUGGCAUAGAAAACCUAUCCAGUACGAUCUACAUAUCAUCAAGUGAUAUAGAAGAUCACACUGCAUCCACCAUUAAGUCAAUUUCUUUACCAGAGAGCCGAAGUUAAAGCAGACUUUAGUUAGUAGAUUGCAAAGCUAAUGAAACAAUUAGUAAAUUUUUAUUAAGUAGAAUUUAUUUGAGUGUCAAACAAAUGAUUUGUUUCAUCCUUUAUUAUUUCAGUUUUCAAUUAAUUCAUUUUCGUUAUUUAUAAUGUUGUUCAUUAAAUCUAGAAAUGAAAGGUUUUAACUGUUUUAGCCA